AAAAUAUAUGGUAAAAUUAAUAAAAAAAUGUCUUUUAUAGAGCAGGAAACAGCAUUAGCUUUAAAAUCAUUAUUAUCUUCUUUAAAACAUACAGAUAAUGAGAUUCGAAUGAAAGCGGAAGCAUCUCUGCAUGAACAAUGGAUUGCACAUGAACCAGAAAUUCUUUUAGUAGGGCUAGCGGAACAAGUAAAUAUGUCAGAAGAUAGUUCAUUACGUAGUUUUGCAGUUAUUCUUCUUCGGAGAAUUUCUUUUAGGCCAAUUUCGCUUGGAAAUGAUGCGAAAGAAACAAUGGUAUGGAAUAUGCUAAGUCAGGAUGGGGCGAAGAAGGUUCAAUCGUUAUUGCUUGAAAGUUUCACAAAGGAAAAUGAUGAAAAUGUUCGACAUAAAAUUGCAGAUACGAUUUCAGAAGUUGCACAUACACUUUAUGAAGAAAAUGUUGCAUGGCCAGAGCUUUUAUAUAUACUUUCUCAGUGUACUAAAUCCAUGAAUCCAGGGCAAAGAGAAUCAACUUUUCGUAUAUUUGCUUCUAUUCCAGAAAUUUUAAAAAAAGAAGAUACAAAUAUGAUAAAACAAGUUUUUCAAUUAAGUUUACAAGAUGAUGAUAUUAAAGUUCGAUUAUCUUCUUUAAAAGCAUUAUCAUCUUUAUUUACCUCAUCUAAUUCUGAUUCUCAUGAGCUUGUUUCAUUGCUUCCAUUGAUGCUAAAUGUUUUCCCUCCUUUGCUUCAAUCUCAUGAUGGAGAUUCCUUUACUUCUGCCUUAACAUCUUUAAUUGAGUUAGCAGAAAUCUAUCCAAAAAUAUUUAAACCAUACUUUGGAACAGUCGUUCAAUUUUUUGUGGAAUCUUUAAAAAAUAGAGAUCUUGGAAAUUCCGCUAGGCAAUCAAGUUUAGAAUUUUUGGUAACAUUUAGUGAAGGUGCUCCUGGUAUGUGUCGUAAAGAUGAAAAUUAUGCAAAAAGUGUAAUAUACGAGUGUUUAUCAUUUAUGACGGAAGUAGGGAUGGAAGAAGGGGACAAAUUGGACGAAUGGCUUGAAACAGAUGAUUUGGAUUUUGCAGAAAGUGAAUUAAAUCAUAUAGUUGGUGAACAAGCAAUGGAUAGACUAGCACGAAAAUUAGGCGGAAAAAUUCUUCUUCCAAUUGCUUUUCAAUGGUUGCCUUCUCUUAUAAGUUCUCAGAAUUGGCAUCAACGACAUGCUUCUUUAAUGGCGAUUUCGGCAAUAGCAGAAGGCUGCGAAAAGAUAAUGAAAGCAGAACUUGGACGAGUUUUAGAUAUGGUUUUACCAUUGCUUAAAGAUACGCAUCCUAGAGUACGCUGGGCAGCGUGUAAUGCUAUUGGGCAAAUGAGCACAGAUUUUGCUAAAACUAUGCAAAAAAAUUUUCAUAAACAAGUGUUAAGUGCGCUUAUUCCUGUUUUAGAGGCACCUGAACCAAGGGUACAAGCACAUGCAGCUGCCGCUCUCGUAAAUUUCUGUGAAGAAGCUGAUAAUAAAGUUUUAGAGCCUUAUUUAGAUGAUAUCCUUAAUAGACUCUUAUAUCUUCUUAAAAAUCAAAAACGUUAUGUUCAAGAACAAGCAAUUACUACCAUCGCUACUGUUGCUGAUGCGGCAGAAAAGAAAUUUAUUAAAUAUUAUGAUUCAAUUAUGCCACUUUUGAUCAAUAUACUCAAUCAAGCUAAGCAAAAAGAAUAUAAACUAUUAAGAGGAAAAGCUAUAGAGUGCGUUACUUUGAUUGCCAUAGCAGUUGGAAAAGAGAAAUUUUCUUCAAAUUCUAAUGAAAUUAUUCAAACAUUAGGUUCAAUUCAAAGUACAAUUACUGAGCCCGAUGAUCUUCAAAGUAGUUAUCUUAUUGCAGCUUGGGGUAGGAUAUGUAAAGUUAUGGGAAAAGAUUUUAUUCCUUAUAUGGGGGCUAUUAUGCCUCCUCUUCUUCAUUCAGCUAAAUUGAAGCCAGAUUUUACUGUUUUAGACGACGAUGAUAAUCAUGAAAAAUAUCUAGAGGAAGAUGGAUGGGAAUUUAUAUCUGUACAGGGCCAACAAAUUGGAAUAAAAACUAGCGCUUUAGAAGAAAAAUGCAUCGCAAUAGAAAUGUUAUUAUGUUAUGCCAUAGAGUUAAAGGCAGCAUUCGAGCCAUAUGUGGAAGAAAUACUUACAGAUAUAGUAAUACCUGGUUUGCGUUUUUAUUUUCAUGACGGAGUCCGUUCUGCAUCAAUAAAAGCUGUCCCUCAGUUAUUAUCAUGUAUAAAAGAAGCUCAUAGUGAAAAUAAUUCCAAAUUAAUAUCAAUAUGGGAUACAUUAUUAGAUAAAAUCAUUAAUUUAAUUAAUACCGAAUCUGCAAUUGAUGUUUUAACUGAGUUAUACCAGUGUUUAUAUGAAUCUAUUGAUGUAGUUGGAAACAAUUGCUUAAGUCCGGAAAAAAUGGACACAUUUAUAACAUCAUCAGAAUCCCAACUUCAAGAUUAUAUUUCGAGAGUUCAAAAAAGAUAUCAUGACCAUCAAACUGAUGAAGCUAAUUUAGAAGACGAAGAUGUUGCUUCUGCUAUAGUAUUAGAUGACGAUCUUCUUAGCGAGAUGAGUAAAACUUUUCAUAUAAUAUUCAAAAGACAUAGAUUAUCAUUUCUUCCUCAUUGGGAGCGUUUACUGCCAUAUCUCGACGAAUUUGCGAACAAUCAACACGACGCUAAUGCUAGACAGUGGGCAAUCUGUGUAAUGGAUGAUUUAAUCGAGUUCACAGGUCCAGAUGCAUGGAAAUAUAAAGAUCAUUUUUUAAAACCUUUAUCUAAUGGUAUAAUUGAUGAUUCUCCAGGUGUAAGACAAGCAGCUGCAUAUGGUAUAGGUGUUGCUGGACAAUAUGGCGGAGAACCUUUUUCAAUGAUAUGUUCUGCUUCUUUGCCACAUUUAUUUCGUUGUUUUGAGCGGCCUGAUUCUAGGAGUGAAGAUCAUAUUUAUGCUACAGAAAAUAUUUGUUGCGCUAUAGCAAAAAUUCUACGAUUUAAUUCCUCUAAAAUAUCUGAAAUAGAUAAAGCUAUUGAGUUAUGGGUUAAAACUCUUCCUGUUACGCAUGAUGAAGAAGAUGCACCAUAUGCAUAUGCAUUUCUUGUGGAACUUAUCGAAAGAAACCAUGUUGCAGUAGUAUCACAACCUGCGUUAGUUAUAGAUGCUAUUGCACAGGCAUUAGAAUCGGAAAUUUUACAAGGUCAUAUUCUUGAUAGAAUUCUAAAUUCAAGUAAAAUAUUUUGUCGAAAACUAUCGCAAGAACAAAUUAAUAUGAUUAUUUCUAACAUGCCAUUGGAAAGACAACAAGUAAUGGCUUCUUAUUUUUCCUAAAAUUUAUUUAUUUAUUAUUGAUUUAUAUAAUAAUUUUUAUAUUAAUGAGUUGUAUUAUUAU